AUGGCCGACACCAUGGAUGCUCUUGAUCAGGAUGUUGUCAACAAGAUCGCAGCGGGCGAAAUCAUCGUCGCGCCAAUGCACGCCCUCAAGGAACUGCUUGAGAAUUCCAUUGACGCCGGCUCAACCUCGAUUGAGAUCCUGGUCAAGGAUGGCGGGCUCAAGUUGUUGCAGAUCACCGACAACGGCCACGGUAUUGAGAGAGACGACUUGCCAAUUCUGUGCGAGAGGUUCACCACUUCCAAGCUCAAGAAUUUCGAAGAUCUUAUGUCCAUAGGCACUUAUGGCUUUCGUGGAGAAGCUCUUGCCAGCAUCAGUCACAUUGCCCACCUUCGGGUCACUACCAAGACUGCCAAUUCAAGCUGUGCAUGGCAAGCCCAUUACCAGGACGGAAAGCUCAUACCAGCUAAACCUGGUCAUUCCGCUGAACCAAAAGCUGCCGCUGGUCGUCCUGGUACGCAGAUUACAGUGGAGGACCUGUUCUACAACAUCCCCAACCGCCGACGAGCAUUUCGGUCCCCAUCAGAAGAGUAUGCCAAGGUACUCGAUGUCAUCACCCGGUAUGCUGUCCACCGCGAAGGUGUCGCCUUCUCAAUAAAGAAGCACGGUGAAACAGGCGCCGGCUUCUCCGUCGCAGCUGCUGCCACCAAGGUCGACAGGAUCAAGCAAGCCUACGGUGGAACUGUGGCGAAAGAAAUUAUGAGUUUCAGCGCCGAAGAUUCUCGCUGGGGUUUCAAAGCAUCCGGCUAUGCUACCAAUGCCAAUUACAGUAACAAGAGAACGACGCUCCUGCUGUUUAUCAAUAACCGAUCCGUCGAGUCAUCUACGGUCAAGAAGGCCAUUGAGCAGACAUAUCAGUUGUUUCUGCCUAAAGGCGGCCAUCCAUUCGUCUACCUCAGCCUCGAGGUCGAGCCGAACAGAGUCGAUGUGAACGUACACCCGACCAAACGAGAAGUCCACUUCUUGAAUGAAGAUGAGAUUGUUGAGCUAGUCUGCGCGAAUAUCCGAGAUAACUUGGCCAAGGUCGACACGAGCAGGAGUUUCAAGACGCAAACACUCUUGCCUGGCGUACCUCCAAUGACAUCCACGAAUCAGCGAGUAGUUCCUGGAGACGCUACUCCUCCCACAGAUGAUAGUGCUGCGAGAAAACCAUCAACGACCAAAAAGCCUUAUGAAAACAACCUCGUCCGAACCGAUUCAAAGAUGAGAAAGAUUACCUCGAUGCUGCCACCGGCUUUGAUGACAUCGACAUCUCAAGACGACCCCCCGGCCACAGAUGGAAUCCAGUACACGACCACGGACCGCGAACAAAUCCAAAUUCGCCUCACUUCAGUCAAGAACCUCCGCGCUGAAGUUCGCGAAUCGAUGCACAACGGGCUCACUGAAGUCUUUGCCUCUCUGACAUACGUCGGCGUAGUCGAUGGCACCAGACGCCUCGCAGCCAUUCAAUCCGGCGUGAGGCUCUACCUUGUUGAUUAUGGCAUGACCUCCAACGAGUUCUUCUAUCAGGUUGGCUUGACCGAUUUCGGCAACUUUGGGCUUAUUCAACUUCAACCCGCUCCGCAUCUGAGGGAGUUGUUGGAUAUCGCGGCAGAACAUCAGUUCGAAAUAGACCCUUCUUGUGCGGGACUGAACAAAGACCAGAUCGUGGACAGAGUGUACCAGCAACUGAUGCAGAGUAAAGAAAUGCUUGCCGAGUAUUUCUCUCUGAACAUCACGGACGACGGCCAGCUGGAAACAAUACCACUGCUGUUAAAGGGUUACAUGCCAUGCAUGGCGAAAUUACCGACCUUUUUAUUAAGACUAGGACCAUUUGUGGAUUGGACAGAAGAAGAAGCUUGCUUUCGGACAUUCCUGAGAGAGCUGGCCAAUUUUUAUGUCCCGGAGAUGCUGCCACCUUUUAAAGAGAAAGCCGACAAAGGGAAGGGGAAAGCGCGAGAGGAAGAGAUGGUGGACUCGGAUCCCGCUCAGGACGUGCAGCCAGACGCCGAGACCGAGACCCAGGAUGACACCGAGAACAGCCAGCCUGACCCCGACAAUGAGGCCACCGAGAGAAGAAGGAAGGAGAUCGAAUAUACGCUGGAGCACGUUCUCUUCCCGGCUUUCCGGUCGAGAAUAGUGGCCACGCAGGAUAUGUUGAAAGGUGUCGUUGAAGUCGCCAAUCUGAAAGGACUCUAUCGGGUAUUUGAGCGGUGCUGA